AUUUUUUUAGGGCGUUGAAAAAAGUGGCGCAUAAUUCAGUAUAGGGAAGAGGGGUAGAUUUCUUCUCUCAUUAUUCCUAGGGAUUGUUUGAUUUCCCCAAUCUGUUGGUCAUUUUCAUUUUCCCCAUGAAAAUGGCUUCCCUUAGUUUUCAAACAUUCAUCACUACUCCACUAUCUUCCCCAUCUUUCACUACUUUAAAGCUUCGUACUCAAAUUUAUCUUCCUUUCUACUCAAUCCGAGCUUCGUCAGCUCCUUCUCCAUCAUUGCAUUCAAAUCCCCAAGUUGUCGUUACUAGAGAACGAGGCAAGAACAACAAACUCAUCAAUGCUUUGGCAAAACAUGGCAUUAAUUGCUUGGAAUUUCCUCUUAUUGAGCACUCACAAGGACCUGACUUGGACAAACUUCACUCAACUUUACGUGAAACUAAAUUUGAUUGGAUAGUAAUUACGUCUCCUGAGGCAGGGUUGGUUUUUCUUGAAGCAUGGAGGGCAGCUGGAUCACCCUUUGUUAAAGUUGGAGUAGUCGGUACAGGUACAGCAAGUGUGUUUAAGUUGGUGCAGUCAUCAAAUUGCCUUCAAGUGGCAUUUUCCCCAUCAAAAGCAACUGGUAAGGUUCUGGCAUCUGAACUUCCAAAGCACGGAGAUGGAAAAUGUAGGGUCCUAUACCCUGCAUCCGUGAAGGCUAGCAGCGAGAUUGAGGAGGGCCUUUCAAGACGGGGAUUUGAUGUGACCAGAUUAAAUACAUAUACAACGGUGGCUGUUCAACAUGUUGAUCCUCUGCUCUUGGAAAAAGCUCUUACUACUCCUGUUAUUGCAGUUGCUUCCCCUUCUGCUAUUCGAGCUUGGAUGAAAGUUAUACCUUCUGCGGAGCAGUGGAAUAAUGCAGUUGCUUGUAUUGGUGAAACUACUGGUUUGGCUGCGAAAAGUUUAGGCCUGCAAAAUGUCUACUAUCCCCUGAACCCUGGACUUGAAGGAUGGGUUGACAGUAUUCUAGAUGCCCUAAAAUCACAGGAUCAGGCGCAAAACAUCUUGAAUGGUUGAAACCAGAUAUUCUAUACCCUCUGCUGGUCUCAGGGGUUUGCCACUUGUCGGUUAUAGCCUGCUGAUCUAAAUGACAAAGCUUCUACAAUGGCAUUGGUGCAUCAUGUUUUUAGUCUGCGUAUGGCUGUAUCCAGCUACCAGCUAGCCCGAGAGGGUGGUCUAAACUCGGACCUCAUCAAGGAUUCUAUACCUAUAGCUUAGGCCGAUUCAAGAGAUUCACUUGUAAAAGAAUAAUCUUCUUCUUAAUUCGCUCAAAAACAUCUUUAUGUAAUUUCACCAUGGUUGUGUGCUCCUUUAACAUGUCGUCAUCAUCAUCAAUCAAAUAUUCCGCUCGAAAACGGGGUCUGGGUGAGGGAAGGUAACAGGCAAUCUAAACCCGUACUCCCUUGAGAGAGAGUACUAGAGGAAAGCGGUCAAUUUUAACCCUAGAAGGUGAGAAUCCUGCAUAGAGACUAGAGAGGAAUGUGAUUAACACUAUUGCUGAAGAUCAAAAACUACCUGCAGAAGAACCACAAUAGCCAAAAUAAGGGUUGGGAUAAAAUGCAACACUCUAAGAUUUUAAUGACAUAAUUAUUUAAUAUUUUAAUAACUUUUGGGGAUUUUAUAAUUAUAUUAAAUUAUUUUUGAAUUAGUUAUAAUAAAUUUCUUUCAUAUACGAAUUUAAAUAUUAACAUAUAUUUAUAUUAAAAAAUUAUGAUUUCUAAAAUAAAAAGGUUCAAAUUAAAAUUAUUAUUUUAUUAAAAUAUGUAAGCACAAAAAAGUGAGUUUGGUAAUUGGGUUUUGUAAAAAAAUAAAUCUAAGUAAAUAAAUAAAUAAAUAGGCAAAUAAAUAAAAUAAAAAAGGAUGGUUAGGAUUUUAAGAGAGAUACCCCUUCCUCACACUCAAAAAAACCCACGGCACCCCUUCCUUCUACCCUCUUUCUUCCUCUUCUCCCUGUGAAGCCUCCCCUCCUUCACUUUAGCAGCCACGGUCGAGCCCCCCACGAGCAGCCUGCACCGCUAGCUACACCUCCUCCCCCGCAGCCGACAGUAGCCACCAACAGCAGGUGGUGACUCCCUGCAGCCGCCAGCAAACAGCAACAGGGACAGCCGGUUUUGGCCUUCCUUCCAACCGGUUUUGGGCCCUGUGCCACCACUACCACCACCUUCAUUUAACUCUUCACCCUCUUUCCUAGUUUCACCUUUUAGGAACAUCCUAGAUAGGUGUAAUAGGUAUUGGAGCUUCUUCUGCAUUGCAUUGGGGGAGAGUGAUGAGUGCGAAACAUAACACGAGUUAUGCAUUGGUCUUUUGACUUCGUAGCUCUUUUAUGUCUUUUAUAAACUUUAGAUCGUAUAUGUUUUUGGUAUGAGGUAUUGUGUCCUCUGUUGUAUUUUCAUAAUUCCGCUACGUAGUUUAUGGUUUUAUAUGUUUUUAAAGUGUUUUAUUUCGUUUUAAAACUCGAGCGUCAACACUGGAACCACGAUCCAUGCUUAUCAUGAUGAAUUGAGGAGUCGACGAUGAAUCAUUCCGUCGUGAUACGAGAUUUAAAAGGUGAUGAUGCCUUGGAUAAGUUUAGUUA